CAAGCGUUAGUAAGUUGGAAAUGAAGGUCGCUCAUAAAAAUAUUUUUUUAAUGAAAUUACAAGUACAGAACACGAGUUCUUUUUACGAAAUCGAGAACAAAUAAUUCAAACUUAACACAAGGAGAAAAAUCAAUAAAAACCAUAUGUACAACGCUAGACAACGUUAUGUCGGUAGCUCGGAUAGUAAGCUAACCACCAGGUUCACGAUCAGAUGGAAAUAUUGAUCCUGGAUAAGGGGCAUCUGUAUUCUGUCUGUUGGCAAACACGUUUUACUAAAGUACUAAGCAGCGGUCUGAUAUUAGAUUUGUAAUUCAUUCAUCGUUAGAAAUCCAACAAUGAAAUAAAUAAGGAACGCCGCGUAACAGUGAUCUAUUACGAGUGAUCGUAACGGGCGCUCCGCAUUUGAGAAAAUACUUGGGGUUUUCAUUCAAAGUUCGAUAAUAUAUGUCUACAACGAAUAGUGACGUGCCGAUGAUACAUCUUUCAUUCAUGAAUCCAUUCAAGUGAAAGUUAAGUCGACUAACUUUUUUCCAAGAAUUUUAAACGAAGGAAUGUUAAAAAAUGGAAUCUUGACGAUCUCUGAUAUUUUGACAAAGAAUUUUAACAACGCAUUAUCUUUGUAGUACGAGGAUAAUAAAGAACAGGUCUAUUCGCGCGCUUCUGCGCGACGAAGUUUCACCACUGCAGUUCUGAUGCUCUCUAGAAACACCAAGUAUUCCAUAGAUGUUGUCUAAGAAUUGUCAGGAAAAAGAAAUAGUGAAACUGAAACUGUUAACUUAAUACUGUGUUGUCCAGUGUCAAGAGUCAGAUUGUAUUCGUACGGAUUCGUUAUAAUUGCACAUAAUACUUUGUAAUCACUUUAACGAUCGUCAUUCGGGUAUCGUUAUAACCCCGCGACGAUUCAAUAUUGUCUAAAGGCAAAUUUAAUCGCACAAACGCAAAAAUCCUCGCACCGCGCUCUAAUAAAAUUUACUAGAUGACUUAUAUGCACAGAUCUGCCUUAAAGGAAGAUGCCUCUGCCAAAUAUUCUGAAAAAGGCAAGCAGUUAUAUUUUAGGCGAUUGUAAUCAGGACAAUCGUCGUACUAUGUACCAGGAUGGUGAAGCAUUAUUUUGCAAGAAUAACGUAUGCGUUCACCCACCAACUUUAAUGAGACAGAACUCCGAUGUGGUACAUCAUCCCGGUUAUAUGGCCAUAACCUGUAGGUUUAAUAAAAAUUCUAAUGUACCAACUUUACAUCUCAGUUGGAUCCCGAAUAGCACACUCCGUAAACAUCCGACUACGUUAGAGAAUUUAAGCGUGAAGAAGCCGGACUGCGCUACUCAUCGAGACACUGAUAUAAGCUCUCACCAUUCCCAAAUAUCAGAGGAAAGUUGUGACUUAAAAUGUGAAUACGAAAAUGCUGAAAAGGUUGACGUCUGUUUAGAAGUAAAGGAACCUAUUAAUUGCGGAGAUUGUGAACGCGUUUGUUCUGGUGGUUUCCCACGAAGUGCACGUCUCGAAGGUGACGAUACGAAAAACGAUGACGCAGAAAGCAUAUGUGAUCAUCAAACCCUACUUACGUCAGAAGUUAAAGAGACUCCAAAUGUCAAUAUCAAUCGGGAAACAAACUAUCAUCGGUCUGACAGUUUAUCGUCUACUAUACAUGAAGAAAGUGAUCACAGCAUCGGUUUGAAUCAAUUACGUUCUCAAUCUCUGAAUUUGAAACAUGACGAGGAUCAACAUUGCAAAGAUAAAAAGGUUUCUGAAUCGCAUGAAAAUGAUGGAAUAAGUAUCGACGAAGAAAUGAGAUAUCCUUAUUGUGAUGAUACUAGCCUGAAAAGCCGUAGCAUGUCAUUAACCUCUACAUGUAGCUUAUCGGUCGGUGUAUCUUCAGAAGCUGAAGAAAUCCCAUCAUGGAUGAGAUCACCUGAACUUUUAGCUUUACAGCAUAACCUCACGUUUCCUGAAAGUGCAACAGCUUCACCAGUGACAUUACGUAGAGCACAUAGAUGUAGAAGGUUUUCAGUGGAUCUCAGCGAAAUGAGAUCCCUAAGAUUGUUUUUUGCUGAUCCAGCUUGUACUUCUGGUCAAUUAGUAGUCGCAAGUAGAGAGAGCCAAUAUAAGAUUCUACAUUUCCAUCAUGGUGGGUUAGACAGACUGGCAGCUACUUUACAUCAAUGGCACCAAUUGCUUUAUCCACGCUUAGAUACAGACGCUGAGGAGACACUUCCAUAUAGGCAUUUCAUGGUAUGUCGGCCAGAGGUAAGUCGCGAUGAACUACACCCAGAAGAGGGACAAGUACCGAUGAUUACAUCGCUAGCUUGGAAGGAUUUAUUAAACGAGAGAGGUCAGGUAGAGGAUGAUCUUGCCCUUCGUAAAGGAAUAUUUUUUGGUGGACUAGAACCUGCAUUAAGGAAAAUUGUGUGGCCCUUCCUUCUUCAUUGUUAUUCAUAUCAAAGUACCUAUGAAGAUAGAGAACAUAUUGAUGCCAUUCGCAGACAGGAAUACGAGGAAAUACAAAAACGUAGACUGAGUAUGGGCCCAGAACAAGCAGACCAUUUCUGGAGGAAUGUGGUGUGUAUUGUAGAAAAAGAUGUUGUUCGUACUGACAGAGGAAAUCCUUAUUAUGCUGGAGAGGAUAAUCCAAACAUUGAAAUAAUGAAAAAUAUUCUGUUAAAUUAUGCAGUUUAUAAUGCCCGAUUAGGAUAUACUCAAGGUAUGUCUGAUUUAUUGGCUCCUUUAUUAGCUGAACUUAAUUCCGAAAUCGAAGCAUUUUGGUGCUUUGCUGGCUUAAUGCAAAGAUCUGUGGCUGUGUGUACGCCUACUGAUGUAGAUAUGGACAGAAAUUUGUGUUACUUAAGGGAAUUAGUUAGAAUAAUGGUACCAGACUUUUAUGCACAUCUACAAAAACAUACGGAUGCCCUGGAGCUUCUAUUUUGUCAUAGAUGGAUACUCUUAUGUUUAAAACGUGAAUUUCCUACCGAAGUAGCGUUAAUAAUGUGGGAAGCUUGUUGGGUAAAUUAUUUAACCGACCAUUUUCAUCUAUUUCUUUGUCUUGCUAUAAUGUGUGUUUAUGCAGAUGAUGUAAUAGCUCAAGACCUGAGAACAGAUGAGAUGCUUUUGCAUUUUAGUUCUUUAGCUAUGUAUAUGGAUGGAAAUCUCAUAUUGAGAAAGGCAAGAGGCCUACUUCAUCAUUUUCGUCAACUUGUACGUUUACCAUGCACAUUAGCAGGGCUUUGCCGACAAUGCGGCCCCGGAAUGUGGGAUAGCACACAUGAUCCCGUUAUAGAAUGUGUAGAUCAUAAUGAUGCACCCUGUCCAUACUUGAACAAUUAUGAAUAACGACCUAAUUUAAUGAAAGUGAGAAAAGUAUCCUAUUGUUAAAGCUUUCAAAUUAUUCUUACGUUAACUAAUCAAAUUAAAUGCUGCUCCGAUAUAACAUAAAUAAGUUAUAUAAAUCGCAGUUGAUUAAAUGUUGUAAGUAAUAACAGAUGUUAAUGAAAGUAUAAUAUUUGACUCACUGUUUGUACGAUUACGUAAUAUCAUGAAUGGAAAGAACAUACAUUUAUAUUAUCACGAAUCUUAUUUGCAUAACUUCAUAACUUAUAAAUGCUAAUUCAAAAAUACGUGGCAAAUUAAGUUUGGUAAUCAAUAAGAAACGAAAGACAUAUCUUAAAAUUUAACAUUCAACUGAUUCCAAUUUAAAGAAAUUACAAAAGGUUUUAAUGAUGAUGUAUCUACAACUUCUGUAAAACAAAAAAGUAUUCUGUACUAAAUAAUUAGGUAGGAUUUCAGCGAUUAUGACGAGUUUUAACCGAAAACCUGUAGUACAAUUAAAGACUGAUGACCAAAGAAGAAUGGAGUAAUAUAAGCAUUUUGGCUUUGAAACCUCCAGACAAAAAGAAGCUUUUUCACUGCACAAACAUUAUGCUAUUUAUUUAACACGAUUGAAAAUGUGCCAUCGUUCAGCUUUCAAAUGCAAAUUUCACGAGUUGUAAUCUGAAAAUAAAAAUCGUAUCCGAUAUCAACAAAAAAGAAAAUCAAACGUAAUUCGAUGUAAGUAUCGCGUAAAAAUUUAUUAUAAGUCCGUUUAAAUUUCUUGUAGUCAAUUAAUGAUACACGUGUUCACUUUGGGGUAUUCAUUUAUGCGAUAUUUUUAAUAUCUUUUUAUAAAACAAAUUUCGAUUUAUUGUAUAUUCAUUAUAAAUAAUCUAUUAUCUUUUAAUAUAUAGUACCUUGAAUUCUUUACAUUCAACAUUUUAUAGUAAGCCAGUAACGAUGAUUUAUACAUAGGUGAUAUGUGUAAACGCCUUUUACUCACCGAUUUUUUUUUUACCUUGUUCUGAUAACCCAAAGUGUUUUUGCUAGUCUAUUUGCUCACAAAAAUAUAAAAUCGAAGAAAUAAUACGUUCUAUAUUUCAAAUUCUUUGAUCUUUUUUUUGUAUAAAAUAAACAUUCUCCAUUGAAUAAAUGUAUACGGAGACAGUGAUUUGUAUGAUAUCUUACAACUUAAGGAAACAAACUUUAAUUAUGAUAAUCGACAGAGUUGUGAAGAUUUCAUGCAAAUAAAAUAAUGCUUUUACUGUGCCACCUUAUGUUGUUAGACUAUUACAGAGAAAUCUAUUCGUGUUAAAAUUUCUUCUUCUAAGUAUAAUAUAUAAGUAAUGUAUGAAUAAAUAGAAAUAUGUAUAUACAGAAUAUAUUAUGUAUGUACAGAUUAUAUAUAUAUACAUAUGUAAUGAAUAUAUUCACGAAUAACAUUAAUUAGUCUAUUUGCUAUUCGUGAAUAUCGAAUAAAUUGAAUUUAUUCGUGACAUCUUUCUUCGUUAGUCAAAAUAUACUUUCGCCGAACUGAUUGCUGUAACUUUGCUGUUACAUUCGCCCAGCACUUCUAUAAACAUUUUAGCGAAAAACUUUUUCUAUAAUACAUGAUUAAUGCCGUUUGAAUAUUAAAAUGUUCAAAAUCAAUUAAAAAACGUGUAAACAAGAAAUUCACCUUAUGAAAAUUAGUAUUGCUUCGGCAGAAAUAGUAACAUUGAGUAACUCAGUGAAAUCAAUGAUAUCAAAUUUACUUUAUUAUAGUUUUAGUAAUAUUAGCCAUUAGUAUUAAAGGAUGAUUUUAAAUAUGCCCGUUUAUUUUCUUUUAAAUUAAAAAUAUAUGUAAUAUAAUAGAUUAAUUAUCUAUAUAUCGUAUACCUUAAUAGUAUACAAUUUUGUAAUGAAUCUCUUUAAUUGCGAUUUAAUCUUAAUCAGAAAAUGCUUAAAAUUUGUUACAAAUAUAAGUAUUGUGUGAAAAUU